AUGUCAGAGGUUCUGAACAUGUCAAACAUCAUGAUUUUGCGCAUGCUUAUCUGCGAAAACAUCACUCUCACAUUCGACUACCCAAUCAAGCCUCAGUUCGUCCUCAAAUAUGAGACCACUGUUGGACUCUGGUCUGUCAAAGUUGGCCAUGGCUGGAACUACGAUCCCCCUAUCUUGUUUGGUUGUGCUGUCGCGAAUGGCGAAGGCGAAACUCCCGAGCUAGCCUACCAGGAUGUUCUGAAGGCCACUGCCAUCAGAGCCUCCAAGUACGAUUACAACUACUCCAAGAUCACAUUUAAUCGCUAA